AAAGAACAAAAGUGAUAACGCAUCAACCUCUGACGUGGCCGCAAUCAUGACACAAUUCUUUAAUUCUGUUUAACACCAUAACUACAAUAUCAAAAUUGUUACACUUUUACACUUCUGCACGGAUGUUAAGAUUACACCAACAACGAUACGUAAACCGGUUGUGUUUUAACAAGUCUGUGCAAAAUUAUAGAAAUGAUCACGACGGCACAGGAUAACCAACAAAGAAGCCAUGCGAAUAAAUGGAUUUCACGAAUAGUACUUGGGACGUUUUUAUUACUUAUACUUCUAAACUUGCCGACUCUUUGUCAAGCUCAUUACCAUGACGAGUCACCAAGUUUUAAGUAUUCCAAGGAAGCUAAUGAAAUGUACUUAGAAAAACAACAUUCUAUAUAUCAUAAUGAAAUUAUACAUCAACAUAAACAUGAAGAUGAUAACUAUGACCAUCGGCAGAAAUCAAUUUUGUCUGACAGGACUUACAAAGAAGUGAUUUUCAGAGCUACUGCAUCUACCUUAAUUAUAUCAGCAGCACCCUUCCUUAUUUUGUUCUUUGUACCUCUAGAUAAUACUAAAGAAAGUGAACCACUGUUAAAGAUAUUAUUAAGUUUUGCAUCUGGUGGUUUAUUAGGAGAUGCAUUUUUACAUUUAAUUCCUCAUGCUUUGGUUCCUCAUACACAUCUGUCUUCCGAAGAAGUACAUUCGCAUUCACAUUCUCAUAACCAAGGUGAUGAAGAAUCAGAACAUGGACAUGAUAUGUCUGUUGGUUUAUGUGUAUUAUUAGGUAUCAUUAUGUUUUUAAUUGUUGAAAAAGCAGUGAGAAUUAUUAAAACAGACCAUGGUCAUAUACAUGUACAUAAUGUCACAGAAAAUCUGUCAAAAAAAAAUAAAAAUGAUAAGAAAUUACAGAAAGGUUCUGAUAAAUCUGAUGUAGAUUUUAAAGAAAAAGUAGAAAAUUCUGAGAAUGAAAUAAAAAUUGCUGGUUAUUUAAAUUUAGUUGCUGAUUUUUUACACAAUUUCACAGAUGGUCUUGCUAUUGGAGCUAGCUAUUUAGCUGGUAAAAAUAUUGGCUAUAUUACCACAUUUACAAUUUUGUUACAUGAGGUACCUCAUGAAAUAGGAGACUUUGCUAUUUUAAUACAAAGUGGUUAUAGUAAAAGAAAAGCCAUGAUGCUUCAACUUACAACUGCUGUAGGUGCUUUAUUAGGAACUUAUGUAUCAUUACUUGCAGAAGGCAUGGGUAAGAGUGAUCUUGCAACUAUGUGGAUUCUUCCAUUCACAGCUGGUGGAUUUAUUUAUAUAGCUACUGUUUCUGUAAUACCAGAACUUCUAAUAGAUACUAAUUUUAGGCAGUCUGUAAAAGAAGUUAUUGCGCUUCUCUUAGGUGUAUAUAUGAUGGUACUUAUAGCAGAGUAUGAAUAGUUUUAUAUAAAAUUUUCUUAACAGCAUAUUGUGAUCACUUAAUAAGGGUUCAUUUAACUGCUAUAAUAAGAAUUCAAAAUUAGAGUUUAUAUUUUUACAACAUUCUAAUUGUAUUGUUUAAUGAAUGCUAGUGAGUAUUCUAAUAUGUUGUAUAACAUGAAUACCAGUGAAAACAAUACUGUAUAAUUAUCAUAAAUAUUAGCAUUAUGGAAAAAAAAUGGUACAUUUUAGGUAUCAUUCACGUCAUAAAUAAAAAUAG